GCCUGAUGGGAAUGUUUUGAUUGAUAAGUAGAACUGUGUUCAACAUUAAGGUGAGGAGGACGUCCGUGAAAGACAAAGAGUAAGGACGCGUCUGUGAGGGACGAGCACCUUUGUGUAGGUGUUUACAAACGUGUGCUGCUGUUCCUCACGUGCACUUGAACUUGAAUAUCUACCGCACACACGCGCGCGCGCACGCUCGCACACACACACGAGGUCCUCCCUCUUUCAUCGUGGGAGUCAACAAGAAGUAGCCUCAACACUGUGGGGAACUGGGAAACAUUGGACCUCUUCUUGUUGGUCGAGAAGGAGGAGGAGGUGUCUUGUCUGCCCGCCUGCUUUCUCUCUCCCCCUUUCUCUCUGUCUCUCGCCCUCUCUUUCUCUUUCACUGCCUCCCUCUCUCAAUCAGCAAGGCUACUGCCGCCAGAGCCAAGAGUUGCCGCUCCGCGCACCGAUGCCAAAACGCGCAGGAGGAGUCAGUGCCAAAGGGUCAUCUUCGCGCACCGCUGCUGCGAUCCAAGGACUUUAGGGAACUCCAGAACACACACCAACCACUGACCGCUGAUGAUAUAAUCAUAUCAUUAGAAAUAAGAAAAGGAGACAAAUAAGAGCCAGGUCCUACCGCCGGUGGAGCGCACCGUGUUUCUCCUGUCACCACGGCCGCAGCAGAGGUGUUGCGUCCCCGGAGAAGACGCUGCCGGACACUGUGGACACACUGGUCUUCCAUCCUCGUUGCGCUCGUGUCCGACCCCUUCACCUCCUGUCCUAAAAGCUGCAGCUGAAGACUGUGACUAGCGCAGGGAUUAAGGAAGGAGGGGGAAAGUUGGUCUCCAGCGAUCCAGAGACGACCGACACCACGGUACAAGCCGACUCCAAGUGCAGUUCACCGGGCGAUGCCAGAGUAAAUGCCGGGGCAAUGUCCCGCCGCAAGCAGGUGAACCCGCAGCACUUAUCGUUGACGCACAGGGAGACAAUACAAGCAGAGGCCAAUCAUGAUUCAGGAGCACGAUCUCCGACGCCAGAGCCAUCCACUCUUAGCCCUCGGAGGUCAGGACCCGGGGAGCAUGAUCUGCUGACCUGCGGCCAGUGCCAGACCAACUUCCCACUGGGUGAUAUCCUCGUCUUCAUUGAGCACAAGAGGCGCCUGUGCCGGGGUCUUGGAAACGGACCGGGAUCUUUCUCCAAGCCUGGGGAGAGAGAUGGGAUCACUGGCAUUCCCAAUUCUCCUUUGGUCAGGUCAUUGGAGCUGGGUAGAGGGUCCAUUCCAGUGGAGGUGGGCAUCCAGGUGACCCCGGGCGGAGAGGAAGAUGAAGAGAGGAGGCUGACGCCGGCUAAAGGAAUCUGCCCCAAACAGGAAAGAGGAGAUAAAGAUGAACCAUCCAGCUACAUCUGCACUACGUGUAAGCAGACCUUCACCAGCGCCUGGUUCCUGCUCCAGCACGCCCAGCACAUUCACGGCAUCCGCAUCUACCUGGAAAACCACAUAAUUAACUGCUCCCUCACCCCUCGCAUGGCUCUGCCUCCACCACCUGGUGCUGAUGCUCUGCCUCGUUCUCCUCUUCCUACCUUCCUUGGUGACACCAACAAUCCAUUUCACCUUCUUCGCAUGGCCGCGCCCCUGCUCAGGGAACAUCCUCCGCCCCCAGGUUACAUGGAGACACGGCUGCCCGCAACGCCACCAUUUGUAAGUCCUCCACCUCCCCCAAGACCUCCACUGGGGCCAGAGGAGUUGGGGCUGCUAUCCCAGCACCCCAGUGCCUUUGAGAGGGUAAUGCGAAUGACACCUAUGGAACCUCCUUCCAUGGACUUCUCCAGACGUCUUAGAGAACUGGCAGGCAACACAACCAAUAGUGGUGGGCCCACACCCCCCCUCUCACCCAACCGUAUGCCACCCACACACCGUCUUCUGAGUCCUACGCUUUUUCAGCCUGGUGCCAAGCCCCCAGCAUUUCUUACCUACACCCAACAACCACCCACUCCCCAGGGGGGCCAUGGUUCAAGCAGCCCUCCUGAGGCCCAAGGUCAAAACCAGGCUCCAGGGAAAGUUAAAUCCUGUGAGUUCUGUGGCAAGAUUUUCAAGUUCCAGAGCAACCUGAUUGUCCACAGGCGCAGUCACACUGGAGAGCGGCCAUACAAGUGUCAUCUAUGUGAUCAUGCCUGUUCCCAGGCCAGCAAGCUCAAAAGGCAUAUGAAGACACAUAUGCACAACAAGCCUGGCUCUAUGACUGGAUCUCCAGAGCAGGAAAACAGAGAAGAGGGAGGGGAAGACGGAGAAAAAAACAGAGAGGCAGAGCCAAGAGUGAUGGGAAUGGACAACGACGAGGAGGAAGAUGAGGAAGAGGAAGAAGAAGAGGAAGAAGAAGAGGAGGAGGAGGAACUGAAGAACGGAUGUCGUCCAGAUUCCAAUCUGAGUGAAGACUCGCAGGAGUUUGGCCAGAACAGAGAAAAUGGCCCAACACAGUCUCCUGAACAGAAGCUCCUAAGCAGGGACAGAAUAAACGACAGUGGUGGCGUGAGCAUCAUGCACCCGUACAACCACAUGGACAAUCACCUUCGAUUUAAUCCCAAUAAGAGAAAUCUGGAGAGACAGCCUAACGGAGACGGUGGAGAGAAAGAAAGAGAAAACGGGAGGGAGCAGGAGAGAGAGCGGGAUGAGCACGAGAAGGAUCAGAGGCCUAUGAUGAAUGGCAGAGUAAGUGUAUCAGAAGCAGAUUCCUUUCCUGGGCUGUUCCAGCGUCGGCCCACCCCUAUCACCAGCCUGAGUCCCUCCAACAAAAGGAUCAAGAUUGAGAAGGAACAGCUGGAGCUUCCCCCAACCAUACCACUUAUCUCUCCAGAGAACGUCUACUCUCAGCUCCUGGCUGGUUACGCAGCUUCACGCCACUUCAUUAGAGAACCCUUUUUGGGGUUCACUGAUUCCCGUCAGUCACCAUUUGCCACCUCCUCAGAGCAUUCCUCUUCAGAGACAGGGAGCCUUCGUUUCUCCACCCCACCUGGUGAGCUGAUGGAAGGAGGGAGCGCCUCAGGCCGCAGCGGCAGCAGCACUCCCCUUCUCCUGCGCGGGCCCGGACCAGGAAGGCCCCCGAGCUCCAAGGACAGACGAAACGAUACGUGCGAGUACUGCGGCAAGGUGUUCAAGAACUGCAGUAACCUCACGGUGCAUCGACGCAGCCACACAGGAGAGCGGCCCUACAAGUGUGACCUGUGCAGCUACGCUUGUGCCCAGAGCUCCAAGUUGACACGCCACAUGAAGACCCACGGGCAGUUUGGAAAAGAGGUGUACCGCUGCGACAUCUGCCACAUGCCCUUCAGUGUUUACAGCACACUGGAGAAACACAUGAAAAAGUGGCACGGUGAACAUUUGAUGGCCAGUGGAGUCAAACUAGAGCAGGCGGACAGAGGUUAAGGCAGCAACUGUUAGAUAUACAGAGUGUAUACAGAGAGCAUACACAGACAUGCGCACCACAUGCACUCACACCUACACACACACACACACACUGAAUCCUUAUAACCACUUCUUUAGCUAUGGGGCUUGGCUGGAUGAUCUCUUUCUCUUAAAAAAAAAUUGAGACUGAUUGAUGUUCAUCUUUUUCAUUUGUCACAGAAACUGCCACACCUGAGAAUAUAAACAAAGGAAACCUAAAUGAGAAUUUGUCCAGAAUGACCAUUUUGGUGUUUCCUGGCAAACUGUCUGAGGAUUUUGUUUUUCAGUUUGGAAUCCAUGGAGCCUUUCUACUGUGCAAUAAUUUCUUUAUUUAUUGGAUUUUUGUAAUGAUAUUUGGCAUGUGCAGAUUCAUCUUUGUGGGAUUUGAUAUGGAGUUAGUUUUGAAAUGUGCUCAAAGUUAGGAAAUUUUUUGCGUCUAACAUAUAUCUGGAAAGACUCCCUAAAAUUAAAUAUUCUUUUUUUUUUCCUUUAUGGAAGCCUAUUAUCAUGUGAAAGUAAUGUUUUAUGAAGCCAUUAGCUUUUAAAAGUAAAAAAUAUUGUUUUCUAUCUUAGCUGCAGCAGCGGACUACAAUCCAUUCCCUCACACAGGCCUGAAGCACUGAAUGUCAACCUGACAAAAAAUAACACAUGCUGGAUUUUUUGGAAAAAUCCAACGUGUCCUGUAGACCUGAUACGAUGCUCUUGAUUUAUUCAGGGAUUUUUCGCCAUCCCCCUUUUUAAAAAAUGGCAUGUGAAUAUUUAAAAAAAAAGAGUAGUUACUGUAUUGCUGUCCUCGCUUCAGUCAGGACAUAAAUAAAGGUUGCACUUCACAGAGGGACCCUUACUGAUGCUCAGAACAUUCCCAUUGUAGGAUUAAACCAACAUAUUUAAUAUGUUGAAUAUUUUGAGUCUAGUUGUGAUUAAUGUGAGAAAAAGAAGAGUCCUGUUUAUGGUCUGUAAAUAUAUUCUUUUUUUUAAAAUGUAUGUUUAAGUAGCCCUGAUCUUACAUUAAAAAGGCCUAAAAUUUAACAAUCAAAAGACCAGCUGCUUGCAUCAUCCACCAUAAAUGCUAAGUGUAACCAUCAUCCACUGUUGCUUUUUCCGAUCCACACGAUUACCACUCACACACCUAUCUAAUGUGUGCUUACUCUGAAGAGAUUUGUUAACUGUAAGCUACUUCAACAAUUGUAACUAUUUCUUAGUCAUUCUCCAUCUCCAUCUAGUGUCGGACAUGGCGUCUGUCUUUCUCCGACGAGCACUGACUCUACCAUGCCCACCUCCCCGCCUCUCCCCUCUAGGAUGCACAAAAUGGUUUCAAAUGAAAUUCAUAUCAAUAUGUGUUAGCGCGUGUGUUCUUGGUACUACAGCGCGCUCUAAGCCUCUCUCCGAUGCCGUCUUUUCACAGUUCACUAGCUCAGAUUCAUGCAUUAGUGAGGCUUUUAAAAGCAAGCCGGUUCAUUCGCCUCACAGAGUGAUAUGGGUUUAACUCCCACUAACAGAUUUUGAGACAGUAUGCAUGUUCAUGACUUUUGGGGAUUACGGUUUUUAUUUUCUGCAUCAUUCAUUCUGAAAUGAAUCCCGUUAAAAAAAAAAGAGAGCCUAUAGGAGUUAUGACCAUUUUGAGCACAGUAGCAUCAGGUGACCUUGUGUAUGGGAUUUUCUUUUAGUAAAAAAACUCAAGAACGGGAGCUAUGGAAUGAAGAAGUGUGAGAAAGGAAAAAAGAGAGGAAGCGAGACCUUUUCCAGAGAAAAGAGUCAUUCAAAUGAAAUUGAAAGCAUAUGAAAAUUAUAUUUUGUUGGUUUCCUUUGGGUUUUUUUGUUUUGCUUUUGUACCCAAAUGCACAUCGAGUGGCCACAUCUUGUAAUGGACCAUCAGAGUAGACACAGAACGAGCGUCAGAGGGAGGGAGGAAAACCCACAUAAAAGGAGACAGAGACAACAUCCUUCAUCCUACUACUGCUAUUCUCAGUUGUCAGAAUCAUCCUUACCUGAGAGUUUGUCCUGCCUCCCUGGCCUGUUGUCAGGAUCUGUGUGUGGAAGACGACGUACCUGCAAUGAAAAUUCCUUUUUUUUUAAUUUGCAUUUUUCUUUUGACAAGGGAAAUGACAUUACGGUCAGAGCAGCUCUCCAUAAGCUAUUCACUUACCACAUAUUCCUACAUAUUCCUGUGAAUUAACAUGAGGCGUGAAAUCAGCAGAAGAGCAACAUUCAGCUUGCUAACAGAUGUUGACGCACAAGUGCAAAAUACCCCGGUCCUGUUUUUAAUCCCACAGCGCCAUAAAAGUAGGGAAAUUUAUCAGAUAGAAAUGAUGGUAUUGAUCCAGACCACACAUGGACUUUAAGUCUUACAAUAUGUUUACAGUGUUGAAGUAUGCCAUUAAUGAAAUACUCUGUGUAAGUGUUUAAAAUGAUAAUAAAGUAUUGUUUUUCUCCAAUGUUCUUUCAAAUGUUUUUGAAUGCCAUAGCAGUUUUGUAUGAUUAUCCUGGUGGAGGGAUUUUAUCUUCAUAAAUAUGUUUCUGUAUAAUUACUUGUUCGCUGUAUGGGAAGAUGAUUUUUAAAAUAAUGUAAUAUUGCAGAAUCAUGCCAGAUUAUUAUUAUUUUCCUAAUAAGAGUGGUGCCAUUAGACUUACGGUCUCUUUAAGUUUUUUUUUUUUUUUUGGUGAAGCUAUCCCUCAAGGAUGUAAAACAAAAUGAUUAAAAAAAUAUUCAAAUUAAAUGAGUGUACUUAAAAGCUGAACCUUAUGCUUGGGAAUAUUAUGGUUUGUGAGGGAAUGUUUGUUUUUCUUUACUUUCUAUGAGACAUCCAUGGACAUUAUUGAAUUUCUUUGCUGUUUUUUCUUGUGGUUGGCUGAAGGUCUUGUGAUGGCACUUGCAGCUGUAACUUUAAAUACAUUUUCAUAUUUCACUUUUCACGUACACUCUUUGUACAAAAUAGUUUCCUUGUUCCUUUGGAGAGGAGUGCAUCAUUGUGAAAAAAAGUGAUUUCAGAGCAGUACACAUCUGCUGUUUUGAACAUAUAUGUAUUUUUGUAAUGUGUUGAAAAAUCAAUACAAAAAGCCAACACUUCAAUAAAUGUUGCAAUUGCUCUAUGACUGAAA